CCUGCCGGAGAGAAGAAGACGAGGAGCUCCCACCGAUGCUACAUUUGAAAACUUUGACUGACUCCCUGGUGCAACACGGACAUUAGUGCGCGGCUGUAGCAGCAGCAGCCGCGUUGUGAAGCCAUGCGGCGGAGUAAGGCCGACGUGGACCGGUACGUCUCCUCCGCACUGAGCUCCUCUCCCUCGCUCAAAGAGAAGCCAAUCAAGGGGUUUUUAUUUGCUAAAUUGUACUCUGAGGCAAAGGAGUAUGAGCUCGCUAAAAGACAUGUGUCAGAAUAUCUCAAAGUCCAGCAGAGGGACCCUAAAGCACACAGAUACCUUGGACAGCUCUACGAGAGAGAGGGAGACAUCGGCAAGGCCGUAGGAUGUUACAAGCGGUCGGUGGACUUGAACCCUGCCCAGGGGGACCUGGUGUUGAAGGUGGCUGAGUUACUGGUCAGUAAGGAGGAAUUUGAUGGCAAAGCAGAAUUCUGGGUGGACAAAGCUGCCAAGAUGCUGCCAGGAAACCCUGCUGUCUUCAACCUGAAGGAGAACCUCCUGAGUCGUCAGGGUCAGCAGGGUUGGAACCGGCUGUUUGACCUCCUCCAGGCUGAGCUGGCAGCGAGGCCGGGUGAUGCACAUGUGAACGUGAAGCUGGUUCAGCUCUUCUGUCAGGAUGGUCGACUGGAUGAAGCCAUCAAGCAUUGCCUUGCUGCGGAGAAAAUGGGCUUGCUAAGCCACAGUCUGGACUGGUACAGAGUGGUGGUGCACACUCUGCAGGAAUAUUUGGCUCAGCCGAGUGUUUCUAGUAAUGAAAAGUUGUUUCGGCGGUGCCAGAGGGAGCUGCUAUUGGCCCACUGCAGCCUGCUGCGAAUCACACUGUCUGAGAGCAGUGUGCAGCCCAGCUGUGACGCACUCAAGAGUUUUGAUCAAGCUAUGCAGACACUGAGCAGCAUUGCGGGCUGCCACGCAGAUGAUCUUUGUGAGGUGUUUGUGGAGAUGAGAGGUCACCUCUACCUUCAUGCUGCGACACUGCUGGUGAAGCUUGCCCAGGACCGCCAGCAGACCUGGAGGGUUGUCAUUGACAUGGCUGCACUGUGCUACCUGCUAGCAUACCAGGUCUCCAGACCAAAGCCUAAAGUGACCAAAAGAGACCAGUCAGCCCCACCGCUUCUAGAGCUGCUGGCCAACGAUCGACAGAGUCAGGCCGGACACAUGUUGCUCAAUCUGAGCACUGAUUUAACCAUCUUAAUCAGAGAGGUGGUUGAGGUAUUUGGAAACCGCAGUGGUCAGGAUACGCUGUUUGAAUUGUUAUUUGGACCCCAGGCCUCCGCUGCAUCUUCAUUUAUUGCCAAUGAUGACAUUCGUUCCAUCAACACCACUGGUCCAGAGCUCUCUCAACUGGCCAAAUGGGACACUGGCUCCAUCCUUCUACAUGGUGGUGACCUGCAACAUCUGAGCUGGUUGGGGCUACAGUGGACUCUUCUGGACCAAAGACCAGCACUGAGAGAUUGGCUGGCACAGCUCUUUCCGAGGUUAACCCUGGAAACUUCCAAACUGGACACAAAUGCACCAGAGUCUAUCUGCCUUCUGGACCUGGAGGUGUUUUUAUAUGGUGUGGUGUUCUGUAGCCACUGUCAACUCCAGGAAACAGCAAAAAUCAGCAGUUCAAUGAACCAGCAGCAGCAGCAGCAACAACUGCAGCUCUAUGAGCCUCGCUGCCUCCCACUUCCUCUCCUUCGCCUCCUGACCACUGACAGACAGAGGGAGUGGUGGGACGCCCUCAACAGCCUUAUUCAUAAACAGGCAUCCACCGGCAUGUCUGGCAAGCAGCGAAUGAUUGUGCAACAUGGACUGAGCUCUCUGAGAGCCGGAGAGAAGCAUGGGCUUCAACCAGCACUGGCCAUCCACUGGGCAAAGUGUCUCAGCCAGACGGGUGAUGGAGUGAACUCGUACUAUGACCAAAAGGAGUACAUUGGUCGGAGUGUGCACUACUGGAAAGUCGCCCUCCCACUGUUGGAAAAAAUCAAAAACAGACGUGGCAUACCCGAACCCCUCCACCCCCUCUUCAUGCACUUUCCCUCCAAAGAUAUUCAGAUUUCUUCUGUGAAGGGUUAUGAAGAGGAAUUCAAGAUAGCGUUCGCAGCUCUUCUUGAGAUUGAGGGCAGGACGGAGGAGGCCAUCGCUACUUUGGAAUCCAUCAAUAACAUGUCAUCCUUUUGGCAUUUGGCUCAGAUCUACCAGCGGCUCUCAGAGGAGGCCAGCAAUGGGAUUGAGGAGACCCAAGACCGAUGCAUCACAUACCUGAGAAAGUUUAGGUCCUACCUGUCUAAGAUCUACAAUGCUAAUGCCGACGACAUUGAGAAGCUGCCUGUAUCCAUGGAGGAAGUUGUCGACCUCCUGAAUGAUGUGAACCAACAGCUGGGGGAGAGUGGAGAGGCUAUAGAUGAAGAGGAGGAGAAAGAGGAGGUUCAGAGAGGACCAGUUCACUCUAGUCCUGCUCAUCCCAUAGAAACCAGUGCCACAAUAUCCCACAUUAAGUUUUCCAGUCCUUCUCCAAACAAAAUCAUAGUCUCUCCUUCCAAAAGACUAAUUUCUCCCAAGACGCAGCCUCAUUGGGUGGAGGACCAGAAAAGUCUCCUUCAGAUGCUGUGUCAGCAAGUUGAAGCCCUCAAGAAUGAAGUUCAUGAUCUAAGGCACAACUCUUCAGGGAAUGCAGGCUCUCCUCAUCAUAAGAUGUAUGGGGAGAGCUAUGGGGCUGAGGGCGAUGCUUUUACCCCAGUCCAGUCGUACCAUGGUGCCCCCCUAACAGUUGCCACCACAGUCCCCUCUGCUUACUACAACCAGUCUCCAGCUUAUAACUCUCAGUAUCUCCUGCGCACAGCAGCAAAUGUAACCCCCACAAAGGGCCCAGUGUACGGUAUGAACCGUAUGCCACCUCAGCAGCAUAUGUAUGGUUACCAGCCGCCCACUCACACACCUCCAUCGCAAACAGCCACACCCGGCAUUUACCCUCCUCAAGAACAAGUCUUUGGCGCCCCUAUGCGAUUUGAUUCGCAAGCCACAAGCCUUCUUUCCCCAUAUAGUGAAGAAUACUAUGGCCAGAGUGUAACCCAACAAACCACUAACCCUCCUCUACCUGAACCUGGCUAUUUCACCAAACCAUCUGUAGUCCCUGUUCAGCCACCAAAGACCAUAGAGGGGAAGCCUAUGGACUUUGGGAAGCUGUCCUUCAGUCAACAGGCGCCUGCUGAAGUCCCCAAAGUGCCUAGUUUUGGAGCAGGGGCUGUUGCCCAGUCAACACCUUCAUCUUCGUUCAAAUUCAACUCUAACUUUAAAUCAAACGAUGGAGAUUUCACCUUCUCUGCUUCUCAGGCUAAGCACAGUGAAAGUCUGCUUGAUCUCCUUACAUCCGACAUUCCCACUAAAACAGAAGCUGUUCAGGAAAAGCUUCCCACUCAGGAGCCUGCCAGCCAAACGGGCAUUUUCACCUUCGGCACCAAAGGUACGACUAGCUUUUCCUUUGUCGAUUCUGCAGACAGUACCGACACUGGAAGUGUGUUCGGAAAAGUGGACCAGCCGUUUAAAUUUGGUGAUUCUGACACCGCCAAGCCAGUGUUUGGGUUAUCCAGUUACACACCAGAGGCAGGAAAAGCAGCAGAGAGUGACAAUGAGAGCACUCAUGUUGAGGAGGAUGAGGAUGGCCCUCAUUUUGAACCCAUUGUACCUCUUCCUGAUAAAGUAGAUGUGAAAACGGGUGAGGAAGAGGAGGAGGAGAUGUUUUGCAACAGGGCAAAGUUGUAUCGAUUUGACACAGAGACAAAAGAGUGGAAGGAGCGAGGUAUUGGCAACGUUAAAAUCCUAAAACACAGCACUAAGGGGAAAGUCCGCCUCUUAAUGAGAAGGGAACAAGUCCUCAAGAUCUGUGCCAAUCACUACAUCAAUGCUGAUAUGCUACUAAAACCAAAUGCAGGCUCUGACAAAUCCUGGGUCUGGAAUGCCAUUGACUAUGCGGAUGAAGAACCUAAGCCAGAGCAGCUGGCCAUCCGCUUUAAAACAGCAGAUGAGGCAUCACUUUUCAAAGCCAAGUUUGAGGAAGCCCAGAAAAUUGUCCUUGAAUCCCCAGAAGAGCACAGUCAAGUGAAGGAGAAAGAGGAGAGCAUCAAAGAUUCUCCAUCACUGGCAGCCCAAUUUGCACUUAAACAAGGUGAAUGGGAAUGCAAUGCAUGCUAUGUAAGAAAUAAACCCACAGAUGUGCGGUGUGCUGCAUGUCAAACUGCUAAUCCCAAUUCUUCAUCAAAACCAGACAUUCAGGCUGCUAGUGACGCCAAACCCAGUCCAUUUAGUUUCAAAUUUGGCACAGAUUCCUCAAAACCCAGUAGUUCUGCCUCUACAUUUACUGGAUUUGGUGCGUUUGGAGCAUCUAUACCCUCUUCAUUUACCUUUGGGACCAGUUCCUUAAAACCCGCUGACACAGUAACGAGCGCAUUUGGUUCUGGCCUUGUAGCUCCGUCUGGAAAGAAGCCGGGCCAGUGGGACUGCGACAAAUGUUCUGUGAGAAAUGAGGCAAAUUCAGACAGUUGCGUUUCUUGUAAUGCUCUAAAAGCCUCGGCUAAAACAACGGUAACAGCACAAGCCAAACCACCUGAAGUGGAGCCCUCUACACCAAACUCUGGGUUUGGUGCCCAGUUUGGGAAGAAGCCUGGGCAGUGGGAUUGUGAUUUGUGCGAAGUAAGAAAUGAAGCCUCUGUUAACAAAUGUGUAGCUUGUAGUAGCCCAAAUCCUGCUGCUAAAUCAACAGAGGGGCCUUCAGUAUCAUCAAAUCUGCCAGCGGUGAUAGGUUUCGGAUCUGCUUUUGGAAAGAAGCCUGGGCAGUGGGAUUGUGAUAUGUGCGAAGUAAGAAAUGAAGCCUCUGUUAACAAAUGUGUAGCUUGUAGUAGCUCAAAUCCUGCUGCUAAAUCAACAGAGGGGCCUUCAGUAUCAUCAAAUCUGCCAGCGGUGAUAGGUUUCGGAUCUGCUUUUGGAAAGAAGCCUGGGCAGUGGGAUUGUGAUAUGUGCGAAGUAAGAAAUGAAGCCUCUGUUAACAAAUGUGUAGCUUGUAGUAGCCCAAAUCCUGCUGCUAAAUCAACAGAGGGGCCUUCAGUAUCAUCAAAUCUGCCAGCGGUGAUAGGUUUCGGAUCUGCUUUUGGAAAGAAGGAUGGACAGUGGGACUGCGAUGUCUGCCUGGUCAGAAAUGAUGCAUCAAAUACUGAAUGUGUUUCCUGCCACACCCCAAAUGCAAAUCCCUCUUUAGAAGCCAAGUUUGCCAGGAAGGAGGACGAAUGGGACUGCGACAUUUGUCUAGUGAGAAACAAUGGCUCUGCCAAUAAGUGUGUUGCUUGUCAGACACCAAACCCCAACGCUAAAAGCACAAGCAGUGCUGCUCCCACAGCCUCUAGCUUCAGCUUUGCCUUUGGUUCCAAGAGUUCAUCAAGUCAGCCACCUGCAACUGGAUUCAAACUGCCAUUUGGAGGUGGCAGCACUUUCCAGUUCGGCCACAAAAAAGAUAAAAGCUCUGCAGAUUCUUUCAAGUUUGAAACUCCACAGUCUGGAUCUAGUAGCACAAGUGCUGCAGGCUUCUCUUUCUCAAUACCUAAUGCAGGUGGUGGCUUCAAGUUUGGCAUUCAGGAUACUGCCCCAACUGAUGAUCCAACACCUCCAUCUGGGUCAGCCUCCAGCUUUCUGAAAAGCAUAGCUGCCAAACAUAAUGAGAAACAAGAUACGUCUACACCUUCAGAGGACCAAACGGAACAAGACCAAAAUCCAUUAUUUACUGGAAAACCCAAUGCAUUAAGUUUUGCUGACCUGGCACAGUCCUCAGACAUCCAGUUUAGCAAGAAAGACCCAGAUUUUAAAGGUUUCUCUCGGGCCGGUGAGCAGAUGUUCUCAUCGUUACAGGCAACCCCUACUAAGACGGUUGCCUCUAAUGAACUGGAGGACGACGACAUGUAUAAAACGGAGGAAAAUGACGAUAUUCAGUUUGAACCAGUGGUUCAGAUGCCUGAUAAGGUGGAUCUGGUGACAGGGGAGGAGGAUGAACAGGUUCUUUACUCUCAACGCGUCAAACUUUUCAGAUUUGACACCGAUACCAGUCAGUGGAAAGAGCGUGGUGUAGGGAUACUCAAAUUCCUGAAAAACACCUCAAAUGGCAGACUCAGGGUGCUCAUGAGAAGAGAGCAGGUUCUGAAGGUGUGCGCCAAUCACUGGAUCACCACCACCAUGAAUCUUAAGCCCUUGGCAGGGUCAGAUAAAGCAUGGAUGUGGCUGGCCAAUGACUUUGCUGAGGGAGAUGCUAAACUUGAACAGUUAGCUGCCAAGUUUAAAACCACAGAGCUGGCUGAGGAGUUUAAAGUGAAAUUUGAUGAGUGUCAGAGGCUUCUUUUGGACAUCCCCUUGCAAACCCCCCACAAGCUGGUUGACACAGGCAGGACAGCACAUCUCAUUCAGAAAGCAGAGGAAAUGAAGUCUGGUUUGAAAGACCUGAAAUUCUUUUUGACAGAUGAGAAAACAAAGAUCAGAGAUGAUGACAAACAGGGCGAUAUAACAUCCAGCAAUGUUUCAAGCCUUGUAAUCAAGGGUCACAGUGAAACCACUGGUCCCACCUUGGAGUGGGAUAACUACGACCUACGAGAAGAUGCUUUAGAUGAUACUGCUGACUCAUCAGUCUAUGCCUCCCCCAUCACUAGUAGCCCCUUGAGAAAGAACCUGUUCCGCUUUGGAGAAUCCACAAGUGGGUUCAACUUCAGCUUCCAACCUGGCAUCAGCCCGUCCAAGUCUCCUGCUAAACCUAACCAGAGCAGAACGUCAGAGGGUACUGACGAUGAGCAGGAUGUAACUCAGGAUGAGGAGAGGGAUGGCCAGCACUUUGAGCCUGUAGUCCCCUUGCCUGAUCUGGUGGAUAUUUCAACAGGAGAGGAAAAUGAGCAGGUGAUCUUCAGUCACAGGGCCAAACUGUAUCGCUACGAUAAGGAGCUGGGUCAGUGGAAGGAGAGGGGAAUCGGGGACCUCAAGAUCUUGCAGAAUUUUACCACCAAACAAGUGAGGUUGAUAAUGAGGAGAGACCAGGUACUUAAGAUAUGUGCCAACCACUGGAUAUCAGCAGCCAUGAAGCUGGAGCCUAUGAAAGGCUCUGAGAAGGCGUGGGUAUGGAGUGCCAUGGACUUUGCUGAAGAAGGAGAGGGUACUAUUGAGCAGUUGGCUGUGAGGUUCAAGCUGCAGGAUUCUGCAAACGCAUUCAAACAGGUCUUUGAAGAUGCCAAGGCUGCUCAAGAAAACCAGGAACUUAUGACUCCAGUGACCUCUGUAGUUCCCACAUCUCCAGACACUGCAUCUGCAGAAUCUGCAAAGACUGCAACAGCUGUAUGUGGGAAGGCAGCCAUCGCUGUUCUAGAAGAGACCACAAAAGUACGUACAGAGCUUUUCCCCAACAUUGAGCCAUGUUCACCCAGUUCUUCGGGUCCAGACUACUCCUCAAAGACGGUGGUGUCUCCUCCUAAGUUUGUUUUUGGCACUGGUAGCCUUCAGAAGAUUUUUGGAUCCCCGAGAUCUCCCUCUGAGGGUGAGGACUCUGCAUCCGGUUUGAAAGCCAAAGAUGCUGGACAUCCUUCACCUGCAUCACCUGCAUUCAAAGUCCCAGAGAAAGGGCCCUCACAGGCAGAACAAGGUGGUGCAGGGUCGGAUGAGGACUCGGAAGUGGAGAUCGUGUAUGUCAGGGAACCCACUGCUGAACAGGCUGCUUUAUCCAGGGAGCUCCUGCUGCCACUCACCUUCUUCUGCUACCAGAACGAACCAGGAUACGUCAGCGAUGAUCAAACUGAUGACGAGGACUUUGAGUCCGCAGUAAAAGCCCUGAAUGGAAAGCUCUACCCCGAUGCUCCUGAGAAAGGUGCUUCAGCGUGUAGUGAUGACCUCAUCUUGAGUGUGCCGCCUUCAGAUCCCGACUGCCAGUUGGUGUGGGAGAAGAAGCCGACGCCGCAGGAAGAGGAGAAGGCCAAAAGCCUCUUGCUUCCACCCAAUUUCUUCUGUGGCCUGAGCACCACAGACAGUGAUACAGACUACGACAAGACUGAGGACUACGAGACAGAAGUCCGCAAGGCACAGCGAGAACUGGCCGCCCAGUUAAAUACAGGACCAGAAGUCCCCAGCAACUCUGCAGUUUCCCAAGAAGAGGAGACACCAACUCUGUCAUCCAGCAGCUCAGACACUGCAGGCAACACAUACACACAGGAGCCGACCCCGGAGCAGCCAGUGGAGACUUGUAGUCAAGUUCCAAGCACCACCAUCAGCAGCACCACUGUCAGCAGCAGCAGCAGCACCACUGUCAGCAGCAGCAGCUGUCCCAUCGACCUGUCAACAAAGAAGAGCUCGGAGCCGGAGUCCAACACUGAGGCAACAGCUCCUGCCACUUCUACAACUAGUCAAGACUUCUCCAGCUUUGGCUCCAAAGAUGUUAGUGGCUUCUCAUUUGCUGACCUGGCCCAAACGACAGAGGGUUAUGCAUUUGGAGCUACAGACGCCAACUUCUCGUGGGCAAAUGCUGGAGCGUCAGUGUUUGGGUGUGCAGUGCCCUCAAAACCAAAAAAGACUGGAGAAGAGGAGGGCACUGAUGAUGAGGAGGAGGAGGCUGGGGACAUUCAUUUUGAACCAAUAGUGUCUCUACCAGAGGUGGAGACCAAGUCUGGAGAGGAGGACGAGGAAAUUCUGUUUAAGGAGCGGGCCAAGCUUUACCGAUGGGACCGGGACCUCAGUCAGUGGAAGGAGCGCGGAGUAGGUGACCUCAAGAUCCUCUUCCACCCGUCCAAACAUUUCUACCGAAUCCUGAUGCGGCGAGAGCAAGUGCUGAGGGUUUGUGCAAACCACAACAUCACAGAGGCGAUGGAGCUCAAACCUAUGAACGCCUCAGCUAACUCGCUGAUAUGGACCGCAACCGACUACUCAGACGGCGAUGGUGAAGUCGAGCAGCUGGCGGCCAAGUUCAAAACCGCUGAGAUAGCUGAGUCAUUCAAGAAGACAUUCUGCGAGUGUCAGAACCGAAUAGGCCAGAGCGGCGGCGAUGACUCGUCUGUCUUGUCACCACAGAUGUCUAGAAUUCAAGAGCACUCCAGAGACAGUAACCCGCUGGUGUUCCUCAAAGUGUCAGCCAACGACCAAGCACUGGGCACCAUCACCAUAGAGCUUUUCUCCCAUAUUGUGCCCAAGACGGCAGAGAACUUCAAGGUUCUCUGUACCGGGGCCAAAGGCUUCGGACUGCGGAACUCCGUCUUCCACAGAGUCAUACCGGGCUUCAUGUGUCAGGGUGGUGACUUCACAAAAGGGGACGGCACAGGAGGCAAGUCCAUCUACGGCAGCAAGUUUGAGGAUGAGAACUUCGACGUUCGGCAUACAGGCCCAGGAAUCCUGUCAAUGGCCAACUGUGGGCGGGACACCAACAACUCCCAGUUCUUCAUCACGCUGAAGAAAGCAGAGCACCUGGACUUCAAACACGUGGUUUUUGGUUGGGUGCGGGACGGCAUGGACGUGGUGCUGCAGAUGGGGGAGCUGGGCACGAAGGGAGGCGUGCCCACAAAGAAGCUGGUCAUCACAGACUGUGGACAGCUGUAGUUUUUUUUAAUGUUCAGUUCAGGUUAUAAAGUGGAGGUCAUACAGGACUUUGGAAAACGAUGUGUUCCCAGUGUGGUUCAUUCUCUCCUGCUAAAACUCAAACCACGCUCAUCACAGGACGACUGGUCAACACCCGACUCCAGUAGCCUUGAACUAAAAGUGAUUUUUGCUUUGGACAAAAAUAAUUUCUAUUACCUUGGUGUCGUACUAUGUGGGUGCAGACUUGUUUGUUUGUGUGUUGCACUUGCAUCUUUAUCAUCAUCUGUCAAUAAAUACUCCAUAAUUUGUU